UGUUUGCCGUUUGCUUGCCAGACGACGUCGGCUGACGUGCCCAAUCAUGAAAUACUGCCUCGUCUUGUUGAUGUUAAUAAAAAUUGUGAACGAAGUUUACGGAGGUUGUAAUUUAUCAUUAAAAAAUGAUUUCUCAACGCCAUCACCGGUUUAUUUGCACAAAAACAAAUUUUUGGCGCCAAACACGCCGACGGGUGACAUUUUGUUGGGGCGUUCGGAAACUCUGCAAGUAGCCUGUCCGGGACAUAAGAUCUCCGUUGUUUUAGGAAAUAAAACGACGGGUAUUGAUGUAUUGAACGUAAAAUGUGUUUCAAACAAAAUAUUUAGAUCGCUAGAUAUGAAUUGGGUCGGUGAAAUAAAAGAGAUUAAAUGCACUGCGUUGCCAUGGUUUACUGAAGAUGAAACGAAUAAAUAUUGCCAUGGAAGAAACAAGAUUUUCAGAACUGGCUACAACAUAUCCGGAACAUUCCACACAUUGUAUGAAAUAUGCUUCGAUAAGGACCUGCUCACACCAGUGUAUGUGAAACACGAAUUGACUCCAAUGAGCAAUUUCAAGCAAGUGGGUGUGAGACGACCUUCUUUCUAUGGAGGUCAAUUAUUUGGAAAAGUACGAAUUUCGCAUAUGUACAAAAUUGAAAACCAAAGAAAAAUAUUUCAAGACAUUCUGGGCGCAGGCAUGGAUCAGAAAUAUAUUACGAAAAUUCAGUUUUUAAACCGCGGGCACCUCGCGCCGAACGCCGAUUUUACAUUGAACGCCGAGCAGCGAGCGUCGUUCCACUACGGGAACACGGCGCCGCAAUGGAUGCGGGGCAACGCUGGGGAUUGGGCCGCUGUUGAAGAUGCGGUGCGCAGACGCGUGAACGCUCUCAACACAACAGUGACAGUGUACACGGGGGCUUACGGCGUGUCCACACUGGCCGACCAGCAUAAUGUCCAGCAGGAAAUCUAUCUAGGCUCAGAUGGCAAUAAUAAUUUUAUUGUGCCUGUGCCGUUGUAUUUCUUUAAGGUUAUAUACGACCCCAAAGAGCGUAAAGCGCUCGUGUUCGUUCUUAUAAACUCAACAUAUUACAACACUAGUAUGAUAGACGAGCUGUCCUUCUGUGCGGAUAUUUGCGAGGACAGCAAGUACUCCUGGCUGAGGUGGAGGAACGACGGCACUCACAGUUUCUGCUGCGAGUACCAGGACUUCGUGGAGCACAUAAACGUGUUGCCGAAACUGAAUGUGGACGGGCUUUUUUAUUAAAUGACCGGAG